AUGACAAAUGUUACAGUGAGCAACGAAAAUAUCGAAAGAAUAGCAGUUAAAGUGCCAAUAUUCAUGCCUGAGGAUCCUGAAUUGUGGUUUUUGUUGCUCGAAAGUAGUUUUGAUGCAGCUGGAAUUACUCAGGAUGCAACAAAAUUCGGUCACGCGCUCAGUGCUUUAGACCCGCGAUAUUCCGUGGAAAUCCGUGACGUGUUGCUCAAACCGAAAGCUGAGCGGACUUUUGAACUUCUCAAAAAGGAACUCAUCAACCGAAUGGGAACUUCACAGGAACAAAACACGCGACGUCUCCUGGAAAACGAACCUCUCGGUGACAGAAAACCAACGCAGUUUUUACGCCAUCUUCGCAACCUGGCGGGAAGUAAUUUCCCCGAUGAUGUUUUGCAGACCCUUUGGCUCGGCCGUUUACCAAAACACAUGCAGGCCAUGCUUGCAGCACACAGGGACCUUCCCUUGGACAAACGAGCUGAGAUCGCCGACUCUGUCGCGGAAGCUUACGGAAGCUUGUGCAACGUUGCGGAAACACGUACAGCUGUUUCGGCCGCAACAACAAGUUCCACUACGGGAACAUCGUUUGAGGCCCGGUUUGCCAGCCUUGAACAGUCUCUCGCGCUAGUGCUCCAGAAGUUUGCCUCCUUGGAAGUGAACCAAGUGUCGCGAGGACGAGAUCGCUCUCACUCAAGAUCACAAUUUCGAUCUCGAUCACACUCUCGAAAUCGACAUCAACGAUCCAGUGAUAUGUGUUGGUAUCAUUGGAAAUUCGGGAAAGACGCUAAAAAAUGUGAGAAACCUUGCAAAUUCUCUAGUGCGGAAAACGAGUCGGGAAGUCGUUAA